AUGUUCUCCAACAAGAUUGCUCUCACUUCCGCCGUUCUGGCCGUUGCAUCGAUCGCAUCUGCCGCGCCCCUGGACAGUCGAGCACCUCCUGCGGGAUGCUCGGAAGCCGCACGCUUCGGCACCUUUUCAGUGCAGCCCGCCUCUGCUAAGAUUGGCGACGUGAGUGCCGCAGGUGGAGACAUGAUGACAUCGAUCAUGGACUUACACAGGUGCGGCUUCAUCUUCGCAUUUGCAGGAGCUUACCGUCACCUACACUCAAAGGUGCGCGGACUACGCCAACAUCCACCCGACAUCACUCAGUUUGACUCUCGGAGCGAACCAAAUCCCUUUCGCCGUAAUCGAGGAAAACAAAGCGUACCCAGGUGAUGGCAAGACCUUGACCUUCACCACGACUGUCCCAGACACCUAUGCGCCUGCGCACGUCGACCCUUCCAAGCUGAACCUUUGGGGAACAAUCAAGUUUAACCAACCGGGCCCCAAGGGCAAGGAGGCCACACACCUCUACAACUUCAGCCAAAACUUUGCUCUGACCCAGUAA